AAAGCCGGGCCCUCCCCACUAAUUUGCAUGUCUUAUAUGGCCUAAUGGUGGCGAUCAUGGCAAGUUAGAAGUUUUCUGACUCCUCUCGGAGGAGACUCCGGGACCCCGGGGAGUAACAGGUGUCUGGAAGCUGAAGGGUGGGGGGGUUCCUGCACUUGGGGGUUCGCUUGUGAGACUCCCCUCCACCCUCUUCUCUCGCACCCACCCACCCCCUCACCCCCUUCUUUUUCUGUCCUUGGAAAAUGGUGUCCAAGCUCACGUCGCUCCAGCAAGAACUCCUGAGCGCCCUGCUGAGCUCCGGGGUCACCAAGGAGGUGCUGGUCCAGGCCUUGGAGGAGCUACUACCAUCCCCGAGUUUCGGGGUGAAGUUGGAGACGCUGCCCCUGUCCCCUGGGAGCGGGGCAGAGCCGGACACCAAGCCAGUCUUCCACACUCUCACGAACGGCCACGCCAAGGGCCGCUUAUCCGGGGACGAGGGCUCCGAGGACGGGGACGACUAUGACACCCCUCCCAUCCUCAAGGAGCUGCAAGCGCUCAAUACCGAGGAGGCGGCGGAGCAGCGGGCGGAGGUGGACCGGAUGCUCAGCGAGGACCCUUGGAGGGCUGCCAAAAUGAUCAAGGGCUACAUGCAGCAACAUAACAUCCCCCAGAGGGAGGUGGUCGAUGUCACCGGUCUGAACCAGUCACACCUCUCCCAGCAUCUCAACAAGGGCACCCCGAUGAAAACCCAGAAGCGGGCUGCCCUGUACACCUGGUACGUCCGAAAGCAACGGGAGAUCCUCCGACAAUUCAACCAGACAGUCCAGAGUUCUGGAAAUUUGACAGACAAAAGCAGUCAGGAUCAGCUGCUGUUUCUCUUUCCAGAGUUCAGUCAACAGAGCCAGGGGCCUGGGCAGUCCGAUGACGUCUGCUCUGAGCCCACCAACAAGAAGAUGCGUCGCAACCGGUUCAAAUGGGGGCCCGCAUCCCAGCAAAUCUUGUACCAGGCCUACGACCGGCAAAAGAACCCCAGCAAGGAAGAGAGGGAGGCCUUAGUGGAGGAGUGCAACAGGGCAGAAUGUUUGCAGCGAGGCGUCUCCCCCUCCAAAGCCCACGGCCUGGGCUCCAACCUGGUCACUGAGGUCCGCGUCUACAACUGGUUUGCAAACCGCAGGAAGGAGGAGGCAUUCCGGCAGAAGCUGGCCAUGGACGCCUACAGCUCCAACCAGACGCACAGCCUCAACACCCUGCUCGCCCACGGCUCCCCCCACCACCAGCCCAGCGCCUCGCCUCCAAACAAGCUGUCAGGAGUGCGCUACAGCCAGCAGGGAAACAAUGAGGUCACUUCCUCCUCGACCAUCAGUCACCAUGGCAACAGCGCCAUGGUGACUAGCCAGUCGGUUUUACAGCAAGUCUCUCCAGCCAGCCUGGACCCGGGCCACAAUCUCCUCUCACCUGAUGGUAAAAUGCAGAUCUCAGUCUCAGGAGGAGGUUUGCCCCCCGUCAGCACCUUGACGAAUAUUCACAGUCUGCCCCACCACAAUCCCCAGCAAUCUCAGAACCUCAUCAUGACCCCCCUCUCUGGAGUCAUGGCCAUUGCACAAAGCCUCAACUCCUCCCAAGCUCAGAGCGUCCCCGUCAUCAACAGCGUGGCCGGCAGCCUGGCAGCCCUGCAGCCUGUUCAGUUCUCCCAGCAGCUGCACAGCCCUCACCAGCAGCCCCUCAUGCAGCAGAGCCCGGGCAGCCACAUGGCCCAGCAGCCCUUCAUGGCCGCUGUGACUCAGCUGCAGAACUCACACAUGUACGCACACAAGCAGGAACCCCCCCAGUAUUCCCACACCUCCCGGUUUCCAUCUGCAAUGGUGGUCACAGAUACCAGCAGCAUCAGUACGCUCACCAACAUGUCUUCCAGUAAACAGUGUCCUCUCCAAGCCUGGUGAUGCCCACACAUCACUCACUUUGUGCACAGCAACAAGGACCCUAUUUUCCACACCAUCACCCUCCGGGCAGCUGUCACGGAAAAGCGCAGUGACCCGCUGAGCACCUGCGCGAGGUCCCUGCUCACCUGACGUCCUGUCCUGCUGGCGCCUCGGACAGACAAUCGCUCUGAGAGGCGCGGCCCGAAGCCCAGCCUCCCGUCUACGCAGUAUUGUCACGAUGCCUCUCCCACGGUGUCCAGCACUCCCGUCUGCCCUCCAGGCGGGAGGCGAGAAACCACGGAAGAGGAAGCGAGAAAGCCGGAGUGUCUACAUUUUGCUCCUUCAUCGAACAAACUGACGUGAAAACUUGAAUCUGUUACUGAAAUGAGGAGGACGCGUGCUAUUGAACUGAGCCAAACCCACUGUAAAUAUCAGCCAACUCCCCCCACCGCCCCCAUCCCGGCUGAUCUUCAGGUUUCUUUUAAAGAAGUAAAUUUGUCCAAUGGGUGUAAACUAUAAACUACUGUAAUUAAGUGCAAUUUCCCCCUCCACUUCCUCUCCCCCCUGCCCUGUAUAUAAUACUAAAGUGUCUAUUAGUUUUCUUUGUAAAGGUCAGAGUCGAGUUUUCAAAGUGAUUUGCCCCUCUCUCUUCCCCCAGCAAGAAAUAUCUAAGGCGGCGGUGAAGUCCUUGCCCCCUUCCUCAGGCCUGGACACACACAGGGACUGUGUCUUUUGGACUGACUGCCAGCUAACUCUGAUCUUCUGAUGUUAAGACACAUCUCUGGAUCCACGGAAGGGCUGAACAUGGGGUCAGAUAAUGUCCUAGCUUCUGGUGGGGCUGGGGCCUCAGCCAGGACACCCCCCCACCCCACCCCCACCCCCCCCCAAAAAAAAAAAAAACCCAGGCAGGGAAGCUGGCUGUUGGAUAGCACAAGAAAAAGUUGCCCUUUCAGAAAACCUCCCAUUAAAACAAUUUAUUUUAUCACUG